AUGCUUCAGACCAGGAUGGAGCGCCUCCCGACUCGCGGGCUUAAGCGCGAAUGGGAAGAUGAAAACGCCCCUGUUUACGCCGCCGAACCAUUUCGGUCCGCCUUGAGGCCCGCGGACUCUAACGGCUUACUCAACCUGUGUCAGAACUACCGACUCCUCCCUGUGCCAGAAGACAAGGAUGAUCUGGAAGCGACAGCUAGAAAAAUGGAGGAGCUGGCAAAGGAAGUCGACAACGGAAACAGUCUCGCACUCUACACCGGCUUGAGGGUGGCGUCGCAGCGGCCGAGAAACCCAGAGAGUAUCGCAAAAGCACACUUGGCACCACACGAGAGAUGGCUUUAUGACAGCUGGAGAAAGUCGAAGGAUAGCCACGACAAUGCCGAGAAUGUUAUGAGACUUCCGGACUUUAACUGGGAUAAAUGGGUGGCACCCCUGCCCAAUGGGGCGCAGAGUCUCAAUAGAUUCCGACAGCGCGCAGAAGCCAUGGAUCGCAUUUGGGGCCAUCGGGGGGCCACGCCCGAGAACGCCUCAUGGCUGACCUUCCACUUGCCCUCGAUGUUACCCCUGGUCAAGGCCGUGACGAAGGUGUCCAAUCUCCAAACGAACAACCAACCCCGUGAACGUCGUGGAUCGGUCCCCCGCGGGUUGACCGACAUGGAGGUUGCAGAGCUUGAAACGGCGCGCAAGGUUGUGGCCGUCGCAGAGAGGAACAGGUGCAGGGAAAUGGAGAAUGUCCGCCGGCUAAACAGAUCUAUUACCGAGUCGGUCGCAGUCAUGAAGUCGCGUGUGCAUACGCUCGAGGGAAGACAUGGUCGAUUGUAA